GGCGAUCUAGAAGAUGGGAAGCAAAGGACAGCGUGGGGAGAUAGAGACGAAGGAAGAGAGAAGAUGACAAGAUGACGUCGCUAUUUGCAGAGUUUAAGAAGGCUCAGUCUGCGGGCUCGGGCGAGGCGCUGGCGGCAACGCUGAACCCCGUCGACAUACCGCGUCUGCGGGCGUUCUACAAUAGCACCAACAGCCUCAGUGUCGCCUCAGAUAUCAGAUAUGGCCUUCUUCAGGACCGAGUGACGGGAACAAAGCUGUCCAAGCAAGAAGGCAACGCCUGGGUCGACAUUUACGUUGCCUUCUGGAAAGCUGCCGGAGAGCUGGUAAAGCUCGAUGACCCCAACUUCACCCUGAGUGGCAGGGGAACCUGGACGGCUCUCUUUGGCCACUGGAAGGACAUUGCAGUCCUGCUGAAUACAAACUACUCGAGUUCCACUCUGGAAGCCUGGACUCUGCCCGUUUUAUACGUGGUUGGCAAGUAUCUGCGGAUAUUUGCUAUCAAGGCCGAUGCAGAGGCCGCGCAGGAUCCCGCUUCGACAUUCAACGAUGGAUUCCAAGAUGACAUUGUUGGAAACGUGAGCAAGAAUGCAAAGCUGGAAGAGACUUCACGCAUAAUCAGCAGAAUGUACACUGUGUGUCUCCAUGAUAGGGCCCCUAUCGAAGAAUCUCGUAAAUGGGGAGUUUAUAACACCAUCAAUCUUGCGUUUAAGACGUACUUCAAGCUGGGCUCCAUCCCACCUUGUAGGAACUUGCUCUCCGCAAUGAAAGCAUCCCAGGCCGAACUACCGCCCAUGGAAGCCUUUCCGAAGUCUCACAUCGUCACCUUCAAGUACUAUCUCGGUGUCAUCUGCUUCCUAGAAGAAGGCUAUGUAGAGGUAAAGUGCCGUCAUUCCAGGCUAUCAUUCACGAUUAUAUCCCUGCUAACGAGCAAUAGGCCGAGGAACAUCUUACAGCUGCCUGGGAACUUUGCCGCGUGGAUUCACAUCGAAACAGAGAGUACGUAUAAAACUUUACUCAAUAUCAAAAUAUCCUCGUCACUGACCAGACAUAGACUCAUCCUGACAUACCUUAUACCCUGCCAUAUCGUUAAUACAAAUACCCUCCCAUCAGCCAGCCUGCUGUCCAGAUACCCCCGUAUAGAAAGAUUGUUUGGCCCACUCAGCCAGUGUAUCCGUAAAGGAGACCUGGCUGGUGUCGAUGCAGCUAUGGCCGGCAGUGAAAACGAAUUUGUCAAGCGACGGAUCUAUCUCCCCAUUGAACGAGGCCGGGAUCUCGCUAUUAGAAACUUAUUUAGAAAAGUAUUCAUUGCCGGUGGGUAUGAUCCGCCAGUAAACGGUCAGCCACCUAUCAGAAGGACGAGAGUUCCGGUCAAAGAAUUCGCAGCUGCGAUGAGACUGGGCACAGGGAACACGCAGCAGAAAUCCAAGGUGGACUUGGAUGAGGUUGAGUGUUAUCUCUCCAAUAUGAUUUACAAGAACCUUAUGAAGGGAUACAUUGCUCGUGAACGAGGAAUAGUGGUGCUAAGUAAGGGUGGCACAGCAUUCCCCGGGACUGGAGUAUAG